AUGUUAAAUAUAGUUGCUUUGUUUGAAUUCAAAGCUACUAUAGAUGAUUUUGUCCAUGGUUCUCCUUGUAAUUACAUUUCUUGCGGUGGGUGUAAUAGCAAGGCAAUCAAGGAGCCUAUCUCCCUCAUUUGUACCAAUAAGAAGUGUGAAGGGAAUGAAGUUGCAGGCGUCCCUCACCGUCUUUGUGGUGAUGCUGGGAAAGAGUUGACUAGGAAGCAUGCAUCUGAGUUAGUAGCCAAUUCCUUUGAGUGUAAUGGCGUAGGACAUGAUGAAUGCGUGCCUGUGCCCCAAGCUUUACUUGAUGCAAUAGGUCAGACACGGAGAUUCAUUGUGAAGGUCUCGGAUCACAAUUUCACAGGCAAGAUACACGCCGUAACUGCUACGAAGAUACUCCCACCAGAAGCUCCACGCCCUGUAGCAGGUUUGGAAGGUGAAGGUAUUCCAGCUAUUACCGGUGAUGUGUUGAAGACUGGUAGUGACGAAUCUGGUCCUUCCAGUGGUUUUGAGUAUUCUGGUGGUGAUAAGAUUCGCAAAGCAUCUGAGAGUAUUGGCACAGAAGAAGUCAAGCGGUCCAAGAGUGGCUAA